AUGGAUGAUCGUCUGGAAGACAUGAUGCGUGAUACUGGACAAGAUUCGUUUAAGAGGGCACAUGCAUAUGAUAGUUUAUGCAUUGACAAGGAUAAAUUGUACCCGGGAUGCACAAAUUUUACACGUUUGUCAACCGUGUUAAAAUUUUUUAAUCUGAAGGAAAUUAACGGGUGGACUGACAAAAGUUUUACCGAAUUGCUUGAAUUGUUGACCCAAAUGCUUCUAGAAGGUAACAUACUACCAAGUCGUUAUUACGAGGCGAAGAAAAUAUUGUGUCCGAUGGGUUUGGAGUAUGAAAAGAUACAUGCAUGCCCUAAUGAUUGCAUAUUAUACAGAAAAGAGUAUGUAAGCUAUAAUCAUUGUCUGAAGUGCAAGGCGUCACGCUACAAAAAAAGACAUGGUGAAUCUAGUGAUGAUGAGGAGGUCAAAAAGGGUCCUCCCGCGGAAGUGGUAUGGCACCUACCGAUAAUUUCAAGGUUCGAGAGAUUAUUCUCUAAUGCAGACGACGCAAAGAAUCUUAGAUGGCAUGCAGAAGAAAGAAAAUGUGAUGGACAAAUUCGUCGUGUAGCUGAUUCUUUGCAAUGGAAGGAAAUAGAUUCUUUGUUUCCAAAUUUUGGCAAAGAGUCGAGAAACCUUAGACUUGGACUUUCUAUUGAUGGAAUGAAUCCGUUUGGUAAUCUUAAUACAAACCAUUCUUCUUGGCCUGUUCUUCUAAUGAUUUACAACCUAUCUCCUAGGCUGUGCAUGAAGCGUAAAUAUGUUAUGUUAUCGAUGAUGAGUUCGGACUCAAGACAACCAGGAAAUGACAUAGAUGUUUACCUAAGUCCACUGAUUGAUGAUUUAAAAGUGUUGUGGGAGGAAGGGGUGGAUGUUUUUGAUGCGCAUUCUGGUGAACAGUUCAAUGUCUGUGCCAUGUUGUUUUGCACCAUUAAGGAUUUUCUGGCAUAUGGCAAUUUGUCUUGGUAUAAUGUUAAAGGGCAUAAAGCGUGUUCUAUAUGUGAAAAAGACACAUGUUACCAUCAGCAUGAAAAAGGAAAGAAGACUGUUUAUCUCGGGCAUCAAAAAUUUCUAAAUCGUUAUCAUCCAUAUCGUAGAUUGCGGAAAGCUUUCAAUGAGGAACAAGAGCAUGGUGUUGCUCCAAAGCCCUUAACUGGAGAGCAAGUUUAUCAACGACAACAGGGCAUUACUGUUGUCUUUGGAAAGUACCAAAAGCGAUCUAUUGUGAAAAAUAUAUGGAAAAAGAGGUCGGUUUUCUUCGAUCUUCCAUAUUGGUCUAGUCUUGAGGUUGAUUCUAGUGAUCAUGUUGCAAAUGUUGAUAUGUGUAUUGAUAAAUACAUGGAUGAUUCAACCGACAACCCCUUCUCAUCUAGUAAACCUAAUAAAAGAAGAGUUAGAGGUCCAACUUUGAUGAUACAAAUUGACAAAUUUCAUCAAACGGGUGAAAAGAUAAAGGUCGAGUUUGAUCUAAGAACCUAUGAAUACUAUUGUGUUAAAGACAAGGAUGGUAAAAUCAAAGAUCCGUUGAAGAAGGAAUGGAUUAAAUAUGCGGGAGAACGAUGGAGAGGUUUUAAGACAGAAAUCACAAACGGAUAUGUUAAUAAUCCCAAAAAAGAUCUCACUCCUGCACAUGUCAGGAAAAAAGUUGAAAAGGGUAGGGAAAAUGUGGCUAGGAAUGUAUACCCACACGAUUCUCUAGUUGAAGAAGAUGAAAAAGGUGUCUUUGUUCCACAUGGAUGUAACGAUAUCUUAACAGCAGCCAUUAGAAAAUCUGAGCAUGGCGGUCGUGUUAGUGGUGUUGGAAUCGAAUAG